AUGUACCCACAGUACUCGCUGUACCCACUAUACCCACAGUACUCGCUGUACCCACUAUACCCACAGUACUCGCUGUACCCACUAUACCCACAGUACUCGCUGUACCCACAGUACUCGCUGUACCCACUAUACCCACAGUACUCGCUGUACCCACUAUACCCACAGUACUCGCUGUACCCACUGUACCCACAGUACUCGAUGUACCCACUAUACCCACAGUACUCGCUGUACCCGCUGUACCCACUGUACUCGAUGUACCCACAGUACUCGCUGUACCCACUAUACCCACAGUACUCGCUGUACCCACUGUACCCACAGUACCCGCUGUACCCACUGUACCCACAGUACUCGCUGUACCCACUAUACCCACAGUACCCGCUGUACCCACUAUACCCACAGUACCCACUGUACCCACAGUACCCGCUGUACCCACAGCACUCGCUGUACCCACUGUACCCACAGUACCCGCUGUACCCACAGUACUCGCUGUACCCACUAUACCCACAGUACCCACUGUACCCACAGUACCCGCUGUACCCACAGUACCCACUGUACCCACAGUACCCACUGUACCCGCUGUACCCACAGCACUCGCUGUACCCACUGUACCCACAGUACCCGCUGUACCCACUGUACCCACAGUACUCGCUGUACCCACUAUACCCACAGUACCCACUGUACCCACAGUACUCGCUGUACCCACUAUACCCACAGUACCCACUGUACCCACAGUACCCGCUGUACCCACAGCACUCGCUGUACCCACUGUACCCACAGUACUCGCUGUACCCACAGUACUCGCUGUACCCACUAUACCCACAGUACUCGCUGUACCCACUGCCUGGUGACCAGAUUCACUCAGUCUCUGUAACCUGCCAUCCUACCACCAUGGAGCUCAGGAUUAAAUCCGAUCUUUUCCAGACUGGAUUCCCAGUGAAACCUGAAGAUCUGAGACUGGGACCAGGUGGAUCAGGAUGUGGUGUUGAAGUUACACCUGAUCACUUCAUCAUCCAGGUUCCUCUGACUGACUGCAACACUCACUACUGGGUAACUGAGAAUGCUCUGGUUUACAGUAAUUUGCUGGUUUAUUCUCCUACUCCAUCUCCUGAAGGUCUGAUUCGAUCAGAGGUGGUCACCGUACCUGUGGAAUGUCGAUAUUCCAGGAGGUUUGGUGUUGACAGUGACUUGGUGGCACCGGCGUGGAUCCCUCACCAGAGUGCUUAUUCAGCUCAGCAGAGUCUCCAGUUCAGUCUCCACCUCAUGAGCCGUGAUUGGAGGGGAGGGCGAGAGUCGAGCGUGUACUUCCUGGGUGACGUGAUUAAUAUGGAAGCGUCUGUGUUCACGUCUCAGAUGGAACUGAAGGUUUAUAUAGAGAGUUGUGUUGCUACCACCUCACCAGAAAUUCAUUCACUUCCUAGUUACAAGUUUAUAGAUAACGGGUGUUUUACAGAUGGAGGGCAGGUGGGUUCGAGGUCUCGUUUCCUACCCAGAAUGCACCUUAAUAAACUACAGUUAGAGCUGGAUGCUUUUGUCUUCCACCAGGUGGACAGUUCUCAGAUCUACAUCAGCUGUGUGCUGAGAGCAAAUCUACUGAACCAUCUGAGCUCCUCCACCAACCGAGCGUGUUCCUUCAUCAACAACAGGUGGAGAUCUGCAGAUCGUGAUGGGGUGUGUGAAGUCUGCCAAGGUGGAGAUUUGAUGCAGGUGAAUCCGGAGCUCCCAGCCAAACUGAACCGAGAGGGAUCAGAUGAGCUUUCAGUGACACAUCUGGAUCCUUCAGCAGAUUCAGUUCCGGUGGAAUCUGCUGUUUCACGACUCAGAACAUCUGGGAACAGCUGGAUCAACACAGCAGGACCUUUAAAUGAUAACAGAGUGAAGGAGAAAUUAGAUCUACGGCAGGAGGCGAGUGUUGGCCCUUUGUCUCUCGCUACAAGGAGGAAUGAGCGGGUGAUGACGUCGCCUCCUAUAAUCAGGGACAGGGUUCGAGUUGCAUCACCAAACAUGAACAUAUCAAGACGGAUCAAAGGAAACGACCCUCACAGUCUAACAGAAACAGACAUAAUGAAGACAACAGUUUCUGAAUCAGAUGCUGCGGAGAUGUUCUCCACACCUGAACCGGGGCUCAUUAAUCAGCUGUUUAAGAUCCAGCCACCAGUGUUGGAUGUAAUGAUUCAGCCUCCUCCUGAAACCCUCGUGGAUGCAGGUACACACUGGAAUCGACUGGAGAACACUGUGGAUCUUGAUCUUCCUGUUGGUGCAUCAUCGUUACACCUUGCAUUAAACCCCACACAGCAGAUGAUCAAUGAUGAGAGUGCAACAUUAAAUUCAGUCCCAGUUCAUGCUCUACAACCCCAGUCAGACCCAGCAUGGGUGUAACAUGAUUGACUAUCAGUUUGAGAAAUAAAUCUUCCAAACUGAA